UUAACUGUUUCCAAGUCAGUCUACAACUUGGUUUGCCGUAACGGAUUUGAUUUUACAGAACAAGUUUUUGCAGGAAAGAGUUGUUCUAACCCUGGCCGAUCGAGCCGCCACCAUCGAUCCCCAAAUCGCUCCACGUAACCCUAAUCUAACCCUAAUCCCUAGGUAGCUAGCUAGCCGCUAUGGGCUCUUCCAUGGUUCUGCUCGACCGCGAGAUUGAUUUCACCCCCCAAGACGAGGCGCUAUCCGGCGGACAGUUCCGGUGGGGGAUCUGGGAAGGAAGGAUGCCAACCCGCAAAGCGAUGAGGGAGGAUGUCAUCAGGUACCUGCGGACCUUCAAGGCCCGCGCAGUCGUCGACAAUCCGCCGGAGCUCUCCUUCCUCCACAUACUGGUGCCGCCGCAAUCCCAACCGCUCCCGCCGCCAUGCAUGGACCUGGACUCGGCCCGCAUCUCCAGCACGGACAAGAACCUGGUCGCCCUUUAUGCCGGAGGGUACCGCCCUGGCUCCGGUUUGCUGGGAGGCUAUCUCAUCUACGACGCCAGCAAGGACUCCCUCUCCGUCAUCCCCCCUCUUCCCUCGGACGACUUGCGUGGAGUCAUGGGGCACCAGUCGGCCGUCAUCAUGUGCGACCCCCAUGGGGAGGGGGAGGGCUACCUUCUUGCCGAGCUCAUCAAGAAAGGAUCCUCCCAGGUUGGGGUCUGGCUGUGGAAGUCGUCCGCCCCAGAACCCAAAUGGGUCUCGUUACCCGGGAGCCAUCCCCUUCCUUCCGGCAGAUUCACCGUUGACUCGUGCUUCUCUUACCGGGGUUCUACCCUUUGCUGGGUGGAUCUGCUCAAAGGCAUGUUCCUCUGUGAUCUCAACCAAGACCGCGACAACAAGUUCAGCUUUAUCAAGCUGCCACGAGACUGUCCAGCCCUGGAUUGGAACUUAGAGGAGUCCAACUUUAUCACGUACAGCUUUAUCAACAAGUUCUGCACCCGCCCAGAGGAGUUCCGUUCCAUGGCCUGUGUUUGUGACCACAUCAAGCUUGUCUCCUUGGAUGAAUCUGGAUUGGAACUCUCGGUCUGGACUCUGUUGACUGAUCACUCAGACUGGAUCAAAACCUCCAAGUACAAUGUUGAUAAAAUCUGGGCAAACGUCAACUAUCAGUCUACUGUUUUGAGACAGCUUAUUCCGUCUCUUCCUGUCCUGAGCAUCCAUCAAGACGGGCUUGUCUACUUGGUCGUGAAUGAUGAAAGCAUCGUGGACUGUCGACUAGAGCAUAAAGGCCAGUAUUUGCUUCGUGUUGACAUGAAGAAUAACGAGGUCCAGAUCUCUCCACAGCCUACAAGGCGUAUUUGUUACCAACUCUUUGCCAGCGAGUUCAGUGCGUACCGACAGCAUUUACAGGAUCGACCGAGAGAGAUAGAAGCAAGAGAGUUCAGUGCGAGUGGAAAGACGUUGAAGAUUUGAGAUGUUGGCAACAUAACAUGUGGAACUGGUACUUAAAGUCCACUGGAGACAUUUACUGUUAUCAUUAUCUGAUGUUAGUAGUUAUAAACUGAAUGGUGGGUAGUAUGUGUUUUCACUCAUGGCUUUAUGUCUACUGAGUGGCUUGUUUUGGAUUUGUAACUGGUAAUGGCUUGUUUAUUUUUGUGACUGCUGAUUCUGGCUACAUGCAUCAUUGUGAUUUUCCUGCA